CCCCCAGUAGCCCUCUGGGGUCCUCGUUGACACAGUCUGUGAACGAUGGCAUCCAGUCUGACUUGCACCGGAGUGAUCUGGGCUCUGCUCUCCUUUCUCUGUGCUGCCACCUCCUGCGUGGGCUUCUUUAUGCCUUACUGGCUCUGGGGCUCCCAGCUGGGCAAGCCUGUGUCCUUCGGCACUUUCCGGAGGUGCUCCUAUCCCGUGCACGAUGAGAGCCGGCAGAUGAUGGUGAUGGUGGAGGAGUGUGGGCGUUAUGCCUCUUUCCAGGGCAUCCCCAGCACAGAAUGGAGAAUCUGUACCAUCGUGACAGGCUUGGGCUGUGGCCUUCUCCUCCUGGUGGCGCUCACUGCCCUCAUGGGAUGCUGUGUCUCUGAGCUCAUCUCCAGGACAGUGGGAAGAGUGGCCGGAGGAAUCCAGUUUGUGGGGGGAUUGUUGAUUGGUGCUGGCUGUGCCCUCUAUCCCUUGGGUUGGGGCAGCGAGGAAGUUCGGCAGACUUGUGGCUACAUUUCUGGCCAAUACGACUUGGGUAAGUGUGAAAUAGGCUGGGCUUACUACUGCACGGGAGCUGGGGCCGCUGCUGCCAUGUUGCUCUGUACCUGGCUGGCCUGCUUCUCAGGCAAGAAACAGAAGCAGUACCCCUACUGACUUGGAGCCACCAGAAGCAGAGAGGACGACCUGACGGGGCUCGGAGGAACUGAGAUACCCAGCAACUUUCAGGAGGAGGAAUCGUGGCUCUAUUCGUACUGUGCAAUUGAAAUGAAACCCAAUGGAUUCCAAAAUGCUAUGUAAUGUAGAUGUGUUCUGCAAGAAUUUCAGAAUUUCAUGAAAGAAAAGGAGGUACUAGAGAAAAUUGGACUGAAAGGCUGAAAAUAUUGCAGGAUGUUGAGUGUUUUUCUUCCAUAGGGUAUUAUUCAUGUAGACCACAUACACAUGCGAAACAAAUUUAUGUAUGCAAACGGGGGGUUUGAUGGGGCUUUGCUUGAAGAUGGGGACUCAGAGAAGAUUCAAAAGGGCUAGUAGACACAGUAUUAUGUUGAGAAGCAGGGAAAUCCCCAGGUGUUCCUGUAGGCCAUGGCACUUCUGAAAGCACAUGAGCACAUACCAAUGUCUGCAUCUUCACACAUGCCCAUGCACAAGCAGAAAUCACCCCACAGAGUGCACGAGAAGGUUAGUGGCACAUUACGCUGGUUUUCUUUUUAAUAGACAUUUAAAAUACAGUAUUAUUAUACAGCAUACAUUCAACCUAAUAAAUGGACCAAUAUGCCACUCUAUCAGUAUUUUGUAUAUCCUACACAAACUCUUUGAGCCCUCCACUUGUCUUCAGUGUUUAUGCAGACCUUUAGAGUUAAGCUUUUAUAGUUCCAUAUUAUUCAAGAUAUGCAAUACUUCUCUGUCUGAGUAGCUUCUGCAAUGAUAUUCUUAUGAAGUUAAGAGUCAGCUUCCUGUCCAUCUUAGGAGAGAGCACAGCUGAAGAUAAACGAAUAAUAAGAGACACUUUGCCAUCAUUAGAUCUUGUUUUCUUUUGUCCAUUAUUGUACUGUGUUGUGCCACACUUGUUCAAUAUUAAUUUUGUAAAGAAUUAAAAAGUGAUAUUUUUGUUUGUAUUUGAAAAGCUCUGUGAAUAAAUUCUCUCUUUGGUCAAUA